GUGCGCAGAACUCCGGCCGGUGGCGGCGAACCUGGCCCGGGGAGGGCCUUGGUGUGUGGUCGGAGCUCCACGCAGUCCCGGGCCGCGCUCGGACGGCAAGCAGGGGGCCAGUUCCGGUCCCCAGCAUGGCAUCCUGGGCCAAGCCCUCUGAGCCUGCUGCCCUGCCAGCUGCUGGGGGCCCUCCACUGGAGGACUUCGAGGUGCUGGAUGGUGUGGAAGAUGUGGAAGGGGAGGAGGAGGAAGAAGAGGAGGGGGACUUGAGUGAGCUGCCACCUCUGGAGGACAUGGGACAGCCUGUGGUGGUGGAAGAGAAGGAGCAGCCUGGAGCACUGGCCCGUGAGUUCCUGGCAGCUAUGGAGCCUGAGCCAGGGCCUGCCCCGGCCCCGGAAGAGUGGCUGGACAUCCUGGGGAAUGGGCUGCUGAGGAAGAAGACGCUGGUGCCAGGCCCGCCUGGGGCCAGCCGCCCAGCCAAGGGCCAGGUGGUGACAGUGCGGCUGCAGAUGUCGCUGGAAAAUGGGGCGCGCGUGCAGGAGGAACCAGAGCUGGUGUUCACGCUGGGGGACUGCGAUGUCAUCCAGGCGCUGGACCUCAGCGUCCCGCUCAUGGACGUGGGCGAGACGGCCAUGGUCACCGCUGACUCCAAGUACUGCUACGGCCCUCAGGGCAGCAGGAGCCCCUACAUCCCCCCGUAUGCGGCCCUGUGCCUGGAGGUCACCCUGAAGAUGGCAGUGGAUGGCCCUGACCUAGAGAUGCUGACAGGCCAGGAGCGUGUGGCCCUGGCCAACCGGAAGCGGGAAUGUGGCAACGCCCACUACCAACGGGCGGACUUUGUGUUGGCCGCCAACUCCUAUGACCUGGCCAUCAAGGCCAUCACCUCCAGCGCCAAAGUGGACGUGAGCUUCGAGGAGGAGGAGCAGCUGCUGCAGCUGAAGGUGAAGUGUCUGAACAAUCUGGCAGCCUCGCAGCUGAAGCUGGACCACUACCGUGCCGCACUGCGCUCCUGCAGCCUCGUGCUGCAGCACCAACCUGACAACGUCAAGGCACUCUUCCGCAAGGGCAAGGUGCUGGCGCAGCAGGGCGAGUACAGUGAGGCCAUCCCCAUCCUAAGGGCAGCUUUGAAGCUGGAGCCCUCCAACAAGACGAUCCACGCGGAGCUGUCAAAGCUGGUGAAGAAGCAUGCCGCGCAGCGCAGCACCGAGACUGCUCUGUACCGCAAGAUGCUGGGUAACCCCAGCCGGCUGCCCGCCAAGUGCCCUGGCAAAGGGGCCUGGUCUAUCCCAUGGAAGUGGCUGUUUGGGGCAACUGCUGUGGCUCUGGGGGGCGUGGCACUCUCUGUGGUCAUCGCUGCCCGGAACUGACCGCCUAGGUGGCUACCAUCCCUCGCACACCGUGGCCCCCACCCCUGUGGCUCCCUGACUCCCCAGGCUCCAUGCCCAAGCCCUCCCUUGGCUCGCCCCCCUCUCUGGGCUGGGCAGUAAGGACUGGGCCCUGCUGCCCACCAGCAGGAGAGACUGAGCCCAGAGGGAGGGGCCUUGUCCCCAGCCCCAGUUCUCCCGACCCUGCCCUGGGCUAGGUUUCCCCUGGCCAGGCCUCCCUUGGCCCUCAGUUUCUCCUCAGCAGGCCAGGGGCAGCCCCACCCUGCCUGCUCCUCGUGCUGCCUGCUGCCCUGUCCAGGCUCCCACCGUGAAAUAAAGCCUCCCCCGCACUC